AUGGAUCUGAAGAAGGUAUUCAAUACCCCCCAGGCAAAGCAGAUUAACACCUGGGAUCUGACAUCGGUCAGCAACCAUGCCUCGACCUCGCAGUUGUUUCCGAGUCCGGGGAGCGCGGACGACAAGCGGUCCGACUCUGCUGCCGCGCAGCCGAGGAUAAAGCGCGGGUGGAAGUAUCUCACUAUGGAUACGUGGUAUGGGGAGACGUUCCUGUUGAGUUUCAGUUUUCUCAGCUUCCUCGCCAUUGUCAUCGUCCUGGCGGUGUAUGACCAGAAGCCAUCGCCGAGCUUGAAAUGGGGCUUGAAGCUGAAUACGAUUAUUUCCAUUCUCGCGACCGCGUGCAAGUCGUCUUUGAUAUUCGUGGUUAGCGAGGCGAUUGGGCAGUUGAAAUGGAUCUGGUUCUGGACGGGGAAGAGGAAUCUUAAAACCUUGCAGACUUUUGAUGAAGCGAGUCGGGGCCCCUUGGGUUCGGUCUCGGUUCUAUUCUCGCGUCCUCAGAAGGGACGGGCGUUGAUCAUGCUUGGGGCCGCAAUCACCCUCCUGGCUCUGGCAUUCGAGGCGUUCAUGCAGCAGAUCGUGAGUUAUCCCGUGCGGCAAGUCGAUGACCACACCGGCCAGGCAGUAGCAAAGCGAAAUGAAUAUCUGUUCGGCCUUGAAUCUUAUGAUGAUCGUGAGGAGGAUGUCGUUGGCGCAAUCUACGCGGGCGUGUGGACAACAGGUUUCAAAGUGGAUCCAACCUGUCCGUCCGGAAACUGCACCUGGCCACCUUUCCAGUCGCUUGGCUGGUGCAGUCAAUGCGAGGAUAUCACCUCCAAAGCGACCUUGACGAAUUGCACCGACAUCCCCGAGAGCACGAACAUGACUGAGCCGCAUGUGUACCCCUGCAAUGUGACCGUUCCGGAGGGGAACUCAGCCUCCAUCCCCAUUCAGGUGUCCAAGACGAAUGGCGUGGCCAUGCUGCAAAUGCCCACGGAUAUGCUUUGGACGAUCGGUAUAAGGCCACCUGGGGUGUUUGCUGGGGUCGAAAAACCGUUGAUCGUGCUUGGGCAUGUUACGAUGCAGGAUUACCCUACUCGCACAUCGUCUUCGCACCCGGAAAAGGACAUGAAAAUCGAGAAAGCCACCCAAUGCGUGUUGUCCCCAUGCAUGCGGACUUACAGUGUUUCCGUGUCUGGUGGAAAUCCGAUCACCCAUCUGUCCCCGCCAGAUUGGGGAGAACUCUUUGAUGAUUAUCUUGACUUCCAAUACAGAUUCAAUGCAGUGCUCCAGUCUGAAACCGGUAACAUAACGGCCGAUGUCUCUCCGUCGUUUGUUUACAAUUUCGAGUAUCUCCAUUAUUCUAUGAAGUUCACAACGCUAUGGAACCAGUACGGUGAUGGAAUGUGGGUUCAGUCGGGCCAGGUCUAUGAAGACAUUCUCAGGAGGCUCCAAAUUCUUAGCCCGGAGGAAAUCAUGCAGAACAUCGCCGCGUCACUGACCAAGUACGCGCUCGAAAACAGCACUGAAACUGUACGCGGGACCAUGUCUGUCUCACGAAGCUUUGUUGCCGUGGAGUGGGAGUGGAUUACUCUGCCAGUCAUCAUCCUCCUCACAUCAAUGGCACUGUUUAUAUCCACUGUCGUGAAGAACAAGAAGCACGGACUGAAUCUGUGGAAAUCGGCUAUUCUCCCGGUGUUGUACCAUGGGCUUGACGAUGAUAUUUUGAGAGAUGGUCCUGAGUAUGCAUCAGUUAGCCAGAUGGAACGAACGGCAACUAUACCGGUGGGAUUUGGGCACUCAGAUGUUAGGAAUCGAUUAAUGUUUCGGAGAUAG